AUGCCGAGGACUCUCUUCUUCAUGGCGUCCAACCGCUUGAGGAGGACGAGGAGCUUGCAGAUCCACAGAUCGCCGCCGUGGGCGUCGCUGCAGCUACCGGUGAUGACGAAUCCGUCAGAGAGAAUGGGCGGCCGGAAGUUCGCCGUGCUCCUGUGCGCCGAGGACUCCGACUACGUGAAGAAGGCCUACGGCGGCUACUUCGGGGUUUUCGUUCGAAUGCUGAGGGAGGAGGGCGAGGAAUGGGACGUCUUUCCGGUGGCGCGCGGCGUGUUUCCGGCGGACGGAGAGAUCGCCGCCUACGACGGAUUCGUCAUCACCGGCAGCUGCAGCGACGCCCACGGCGGCGAUCUGUGGAUCUGCAAGCUCCUCGUCCUCCUCAAGCGGUUGGACGCCAUGAAGAAGAGAAGCUGCUACUGGGCGUGUGGCUGCAUGCGGUGGCGAGGCGCUGCUACUUCCAAGCGUGCUCGCAAACAGGCGACGUUGCGGGCUGCUCUUGCGCUCGCGGCUGCUGCAGGUCGCCUGUGGAAAGGGGUUGUUGCUCGAAAAAUUUGA